AUUUACGGACAUUCAAGAAAAUAAAGUUUCAAGAGGCAAACUGAAAGUAGAUAGAUAAGCUAGUACUUUUAUUGAAACACUUAGUUCAAAACAAACCCAAAUCACAAUUAACAAAGAGUAAUUACAUGAAUCUAGAGAUUAAGCCAAUAGUACAUUGAGAGUAGAAGUUGUGCUAUUUAAGUGUUGAGUACCUGUACAUACCUAGUUUUUGAAGUGGAUGUAAUCAUAUUUUUCGUCGUAAAUGGAUUUGUGCGAUUUAAUUAAUAAAAGAAACUGUCAAGUCUGAAUAAUUUAUAUUACAUAGAUGACAAUUGAAUGUAGAAGAUGAACAUAAGUUAUGAACGAUGUUCGUAUUGUAACCGACGUAAAUGGCUCACUAGUGGAUGUCUACGUAAAUGGAUUAAACCAAAUUCUAUGGAAUGUAAACAUUUACAACGCAGUAUUGAUAAGAAUAAGGAUACGAAUAUUGAUAUAGUGGAUGCUAUUCUUAUGCCAGAACCCAAUUCAUCUCUAAAUACCAAUAAAUUUGUAAAACUUUGGAAGAGUAAAUUUUUUAUAACGACCAGCGUCAGAUCCUUACAAAGAUAUUUCGGUAAAUCACGAGGGGCUGAUUCAAUUUGCAAACUUAAUAAGAGCAAUGACCCCACAUCAGCAUUUGAAACAAGAUAUGGAAUAGGAAUUGAAAUAAAACACACCCUUAGACCAAUAAUGAAGUGUCAGCAUUCAAAAGAAGGACAUUCUGUUCUACGCAGUCACCAUCAACAUGCAUCCCUUGAAUCAUGUGCUAUUUAUUGUCAGUUAUAUAAUCAUGGCUGGUAUUGGGGUGGAAUUACAUCCAGUGAAGCAGAAGAGUUGCUUGCUGGCCAGCAUGACAACGUUUUUUUAGUCCGAGACUCGUAUGACUCCAGACACAUUCUCUGCGUUUCUUUUCGUUGUGUUGGCCGUACACUGCAUGCACGGCUUUUACAUGCAAAUGGCCUUUUUUCUCUAGAUAAUGAAACAUUUGUGCCAGCAUAUAGAUUAUCUGAACAUUGUUCUGCUGUUAAUGUAAAGACAAAUUUAUUUGAAAUGCCAGUGAAACUAGCUAGGCCUCUAAACAGGUUUGCAAAACUAGAUUCCCUACAGAAAAUCUGCAGGUUUGUCAUCAGACAAACAGGAUCAUCAAAUACUUGGGCUAAAUUGCCUUUGCCUCCAAAUCUAAUAUCAUACAUAUCUAUGGGAAGCGAUUACAUAAUACCAUAAUUAUAAAGCUCUUGUCAUAUUAUUUUGAAUGUAACAUAAAACAAAAAUAAAUGUACCUUAUGAAUAAUUA